AUGAUAGAUCCAAUUAAUAUAAUUCAAGGUGAAGUUUAUGGAUUAAUAUCAAAUUUAAAAUUAAAUUCAAGAUGGUCAUAUAACAACUCUAGUUAUCACGAUACUAUUUUUCCAGAGAAUCCAAUACUUAGAUCUUUAAAAAAUUUAACAAAUAUUUUACAUAAUAUAACAGACUUUAAAUUAUUAGAUACAUGUGUUUAUUUAGAACCAUUUUUAUCAGUAAUCAAAUCGAAUCAAACAAGCGGAUUUAUAACAGGAGCUGCUUUAACUAGUGUUAACAAAUUUUUAACAUUGUUUAUUAAUGAAGAAUCAAAUAAUAUUCAUAAGGGUAUUAGAGACAUUGCCGAAGCAGCAGCACACUGUAAAUUUGAAGCAACAGAUGCAAGAAGUGACGAAAUUGUAUUGAUGAAAAUCUUGCAAGUCUUAAUAUCAUGUGUUAAAAACCCCGCUGGUAUUUUCAUUAGCAAUGAAUUAAUUUAUGAAGUCACUGUAACAUGCUAUCAUAUGUCUGAUCAAUCUCGUUCAUCUGAACUCUUAAAGAAAAUGGCAGAGAAUGCAAUUCAAGAAAUAAUUUCAACUAUUUUUACAAGAUAUAAUGUUUUUACAUCACCACCUCCACCACCUCCACCACCUCCACCAUCUGACAGUAAUAAUAGUAAUAUGGAAGAGCAAGAGGAUCAAAAUUCAACAGUCAUUAAUAACUUUGAUGAAGAUCUUGCUAGUGUUGAACCACCACCAAUCCCACAAGAUGAACCAGAUAGCGCAAACACAACUGUUGAUUUUUCACCAAAUAAUGACUUGUUUUUCAGUAAUUUACCAGUUGCCGAGGAUAGUAGUAAUAAUAACAAUGAACAACAGCCAUCAAAUCAACCACCACCAUUACCAACACCAGCUCAAGCAUCACAACCAAAAGUACAAGCACCACCAUCACCAACACCAGUACAUGUAGAUACUUCAGCCAAUAAUAGCAAUAGUCAUAAACAUCACCAAAAAGCAAAUAGCUUAAAUACAGUUACAUCACCCACCUUAUCAAAUAAUACUCAACAACCAUCUCAACAACAACCAACAUUUACAAUUAACCCAAGAGGUGUUAGAUUUGAUUCAUCAAAUGCUACAGAAAAGCCCUACGACGAAACAGUUUUAAUUAAAUUAUUUAAGUUUUUCACAAAUAAUAUAGCAUCGCCAAAUACUCAAGAUGAUAUGUCCAAGUUAUUAUGUUUGAACCUCAUCAAUACUAUUGUUCAAAUCCGUGGUGAACUAUUAGAAUCAAUUCCAGAGAUAUUAACAAUAAUUCAACAAGAGUUAUUUAGAUUCUUACUAUUAAACCUUCAACAAAAGAGCGUUCAAAUCUACUCACUGUCAAUGAGAAUAUUUUUCAAUUUAUUCAUCUCAUUAAAAAGAACAUUAAAGUCUCAGUUUGAAGCUUUCUUUAAUGUAUUAAUGGUCUCUAUUCAAGAAAAUAAUAAGAAUCAUUACGAACUCCAAGAAUUAGCUUUAGAGGGAUUAAGAGAUUUUUGCAAGUUACCACAUACAAUGGUCGAUUUAUUCGUCAACUAUGACUGUGAAUUACAUUGCUCCAAUGUAUUUGAGAACCUUUGUAAAUUCCUUUAUAAAAACUCUUUCCCAAUCUCCCAAUCCAUUACAUCACUACAUUUAUUAUCAUUUGAAAAUUUAUUAUCAAUUGUCCAAUCCAUCGAAGAUCGUAGAAAUAGAACUUUAAAUGAUAAUGGUGCAAAUAAUAAUAAUAAAAUUGAUUAUUUAAAGAAAAAAGAAAUUAAAAAGCAAUUAAUAGUCGCAGCAGAGCACUUCAAUCGUAGUCCAAAAGAUGCCUUGGAAUAUUUAAAGAAUAAUAAUUUAUACUCACCAAUAACUGAGCCAUUAAAUAUUGCAAAGUUUUUAUUAGAAGUACCAAAAUUAAAUAAAACUCAAGUUGGUGAAUAUUUGGGUAAGAGAGGACCAUUUAAUGAAAGGGUUAGACAUGAAUAUAUUAGCUCAUUUAAUUUAAAGAAUCCAAAUUGUAUGCAAAUUUUUAGAGAGUUUUUAGAAAGCUUUAAGAUUCCAGGGGAUUCAGCAGUGGUUAUGAUCAUUUUUGAACAAUUUGCGCAACUAAUUUACGAAAAUAGAACCGACAACUUAUUUACAUCUGCCGAUAAUGUUUAUUUAUAUAUUUAUUCUGGUUUAAUGUUGCACACCUCAAUUUUUAAUCCAUCCAUUCCAACAAAAGAUAGAAUGAACUUUCAAUCAUUUAAGCAAAUGCUUUACAAAGAUCUUCCAUUAGAAUUAAUCCAAGAGUGUUUUGACGAUAUUUUCAAGAGUGAAUUAAUCCUUGAGGAAGAACCUGUACCAGGUGUAAUUAACAAUGGAAACUGGAGAAAUAUACUCAAGCGUUCAAAGAGAAUCGGUGAUUACAUUCCCGCCAACACCAAUGACUAUGAUAGAGAAAUCUUUUCAAUUGUAUUAAAUUUAGUUAUUCCUGCUAUAAGUAAGGUAUUCGAAAAAAUUGAAAACGAAUCGUUAUGUCAACGUAUUUUGGAUGGUUUCCAAUUAUGUGCCCAAGUCAGUGCCAAUUAUAAUAUUAUUGAAGUUAUUGACAAUUUAAUGACAUCAUUAUGUAACAACACCAAUUUAAUAGAUACCGAGCAAGUAUUAGCAACAACUGGUUCAUCAAAUAGCUCUGGUGCAGGUUCAGGUAGUGGAAGUAUCAAUGCAUCAUCUGGUGCUUCAUCAUCAUCAGUGUCCUCUUCAUCAUAUGAUUAUUAUAAUACCAGUGGAGGUAACAAUAGCAGUAGUUAUAAUGGUAAUGGGGCAUUUAUUGGUGACAACAAAGCCCAAUUAGCCACCAUUGCAACAUUUGAAAUUGCUAUUAAAUACUCAAGUUUACUUGGUGAAUCUUGGAGAUUUAUUAUUGCUAUCAUUUGUAAAUUAAACAAAAUGGAUUUACUCGAUAACAUUUUUGAAACUAUCGACUUCCCAAUCGAAAACAAAAACAAUAACAAGAAAGAGCAAGAACCACAAAAAUCAAAAAAUACAAGUUCAAACUUUUUAUCAUUCAAAUGGUUUAUUACCGAAGAAGAUGAGGAAGUCGUAAUUGAUCCAUACAGAGAAAAGGCCAAAACAUGCAUCGAUAACUGUCACAUUACAGAUCUCUUCCAAGAAACUAAAUCAUUACCAAUGCACUCAUUAGAUCAUUUAUUACAGUCAUUAUUUAUAAUAACAAACCCAUCAAAAUCUCAACAACAACCCCAAUCAAGCUCAUUAUCAUUACAACCAAGUUCAUCAUCAGCAUCCUCAUUAAAUAAUAGCUCAAAUAGUAUUACACCAUCAAAUAACAGUGCACCAAAUAGUAAUUUAAAUACCCCACCACAAAAUCAUAAUAGUAACAAUACUACACCAACAACAAUAAAUAAUACUAAUUCACCAUCAAUAAUACCAACAAAUAAUAUAGCGAAUACAACCACAGCAACAACCACAAAUAUUAUACCAAUUACAACCCAUUAUUAUUCAAUUAAUCAAAAACAAGAGUUAUUUUGUUUUGAUUUAUUAUCACAUAUUAUAUUAUUAAAUCAAGAAAGAUUAGGUUUGGUUUGGAAGAAAUAUUUUGAACAUUGUGAGUUAAUCAUAAAUAUUUUUGAGCAAGUAGUUUCAGUUAAUUCAGCAAACUCACGUUUAAUGAUUCCAUUAAUUGAAAAGAUCGUAGUUUCAAUUAUGUAUUUAAUAAUUCGUUUAUUAGACAAGAAGGAAGUAUUGGAUACUCUCCAACCAUUUGUCAAGGUUCUAAUUAGAAUUGGCCCUGUAUUAGACAACAUUGCCGAAAAGAUGUCAAUAUCAUUAAUUCAAUUAGUUAAAAACAAUAUCAAGUUUAUUUCAAAGACACCAGAAGCAUGGGAACCAAUUAUUGCUUUAGUUAUGCUCUUAAGUGGUAAUCCAAAAUCAUCAAGUCGUGCUUGUGAAGCCUUAACUAUAAUGAUUAAUCAAGACUAUCUCACUCCACAAUUUUGUAAAUAUUGCUUAGAACCAAUAACCUGUUUCCUUAGUUCAAAGACCAUUCCACCUUCAGUUGUAGUAAAAUCAAUGGAAUUAUUAUACUUUAUUUUCAAUAGUAUCAACAAAUCUGUAGUCUCUGAUAUUCAAAAGAUUAAUAGUUUAACCAAUGGUGUCGAAGCAUUUAAAGUUAAGGCUCAAUUAAGAAAAGUGGAUGAUAAGAUUAAAGAGAAUUGGGGCGUAUUCUGGUCACCAAUAUUAAAGAAGUUUGCAGCUCUUUGUUUAGAUUCAAAAAAUGAUAUCAGAAACAAUGCAAUGACAUAUCUUCAAAAAACCAUUCUUUCACCAACUCUUGAAGAGUAUUUACCACCACAACGUUGGAUAGAAUUCUUUGUCGAUAUAUUUUUCCCACUUUUAGAUAGUCUUAAAGAAAACUCAAAAGAAACCAACUUUGAAGAUACUCGUUUACGUGCAUCAGCCCUUUUAUCAAAAGUUUUCCUUCAAAAUUUAAAUACAAUUAUAAAGAGCGAUCAAUUUACACUUUUAUGGACCUAUAUCUUAUCAUUCUUAAAAGUUUAUAUGGGUUUGUCUGAAUUACUUUCAGAAUCUGUACCAGAAUCACUAAAGAAUAUGCUUUUAGUUAUGAAUAACUCUGGUGUAUUUAAACCACCUGUAAAAGAUGAUACCAGUAGCUCUGCUCAAAUAUCCGAACAUCUUUGGAAUACAACUUGGUCAACAAUUAAAGAAUUUUGCCCAAAAAUUAGUGAUGAUGUUUUAUCAAGAGUAGAUCCAAAUCAUUUAAAACAAGCACCACCUCAACCAUUACAACAAAAUAAUAGUGAUAAUGAUAACAAUAAUAAUAGCAAUACCAAUAUAGAUAAUAAUAGUAAUGAAAACACAAAUAUAGAUAAUAAUAGUAAUACCAAUAUAAACAAUACUCCUAUAAAUACCAAUGUAGAUAAUAAUAUAAAUAGUAAUAAUAUAAAUAGUAAUUUAGAUAAUAAUAUAAACUAACACAAUUAUAAAAAUAAUGUAUAUGCUCUAAAAUAAUAAAAUGUUUCAAUUUACUAUUUUU